AGGGCGCACAUAAACGUCAGACAUCAACGUUUGUAAACAUCGAUGCAUCGUUUUCCACAGCUUUUCGUCAAUUUCCCCAAAAAUUUGGAAUUUUGUUAGAAUUUAUCAAUUUUACUCAUCAAUAAUCUUCUUUCACCACAAUGUCAGACAACAAAAAACGUAAAUCAAAAUCUGAAUCCGUUCCAGCCCCUUCGGCUUCACCGGCAAAGAAGCCCAAACUGGAGGACAUCGGCCCCGAUGACGACGAAGACGACGUGAAACGACUAAAGGUGAAAAAUCCGGACCCGUCGCUGCUCAACCGAUCGAAACUGUGUCCCUAUUUGGACACCAUCAACCGGCACCUGUUGGACUUCGACUUCGAGAAGCUUUGUUCGGUUUCUCUCACUCGGAUCAAUGUCUAUGCAUGUCUGGUGUGCGGAAAGUAUUUCCAAGGGAGGGGGACAAAUACUCACGCUUACACGCAUUCGGUGGCCGAGUCGCAUCAUGUGUUUCUGAACUUGUCCACCUUGAAGUUCUAUUGUCUGCCGGACAAUUAUGAAAUCAUCGAUUCGUCGUUGGACGAUAUUAAGUACGUGUUGAAUCCGGUGUUCACUGGCAGAGACAUUCGCAAUUUGGACAAGGAGGAUCAGAAAAUGUCUCGAACCGUGGACGGAACGCUUUACUCACCGGGAAUCGUCGGAAUGAACAACAUCAAAGCGAACGACUAUUGCAACGUUAUUUUGCAAUCAUUGUCGCACGUAAAGCCAAUAAGAGAUUUCUUCCUGAUCGAGAAGAAUUAUGCCAAUAUUAAGAGACCUCCGGGUGAUACGGCAUUUACCCUUGUCCAACGUUUUGGCGAACUGCUGCGCAAAUUGUGGAAUCCGAGAAACUUCAAGCCCCACGUAUCACCGCACGAAAUGCUUCAAGCCGUCGUUUUGUGGAGCAGCAAAAAGUUUCAAAUCACUGAGCAAGGAGAUCCGAUCGAAUUCCUCUCCUGGUUUUUGCAUAUUUUGCAUAAACAGUUGCGCGGGAACAAGCAACCGAACUCGUCGGUGGUCUAUCGAACCUUCCUGGGUGAGAUGAAAAUUUACACCAGAAAGCUGCCCCCUACGGAACUGGAUGAUGUCCAGAAGCAACUGCUGCUGGCGACGGACGAAUAUCAGGAGAAGGUUGAGACUUCCACUUUCCUGUACUUGACUUGUGACCUUCCGGCGACGCCUCUGUUCAUCGACGAGUUCAGGGAGAACAUUAUUCCUCAGGUCAAUUUGUACCAACUGUUGGCUAAGUUCAACUCGGUUUCCGAAAAGGAGUACAAAACGUACAAGGAAAAUUUCCUGAAACGUUUCGAAAUAACUAGAUUGCCGAAGUUUAUCAUUUUGUACAUCAAGCGAUUUACGAAAAAUACCUUUUUCCUGGAGAAGAAUCCAACGAUUGUCAACUUCCCGGUCAAGAAUAUCGAUUUCGGAGAUAUUCUGACCGAAGAGAACAAGAAGCAACACCAGUACACGAAGUACAACCUGGUUGCCAACAUCGUCCACGACGGGGAGCCCAAUGCUGGAACGUAUCGGUGUCACAUCCUGCAGAAAAGUACCAACCAGUGGUACGAGAUGCAGGAUCUGCACGUGACUAGCAUUUUGCCACAGAUGAUCACCCUGACGGAGGCAUACAUUCAAAUCUACGAGCUGCAGGAAGAAGACGACGAGGUGCUCGAGGGGAAGCAGUAGUUUUUGUUUUCAAUAUAACAAUAAGUAGGUAGUUUGUUUUACCAGGAUAGUGUUUUCAAUCGCUGUAAGUUGAGUUAACGAAAAUAAAUCGAUAGUUUUGCAAAAUAUA